CUGUGGAGCUUAUUGUCAUAAGAGUAGCUGUCAUCCUGCUAAUGUGAAUCAAAAGGAGGCUAACAGGGCUGAGGCCGUGUCAGCGUGAUGGACCCCAGAGAGAUCACCCUCCUGUGUCUUGUGCUCUGUCUGGGCCAGAGGAUUCAGGCACAGGAAGGGGACUUUCCCACGCCUUUCAUAUCUACCAGUUCAAGUCCUGUGGUUCCCUGGGGUGGGUCUGUGAAAAUCCAGUGCCAGGCCAUUCCUGACGCUUACCUGACCAGGCUGAUGAUGCUAAAAAACUCCACGUACAAGAAGAGAGAUGAAAAACUGGGGUUUUGGAAUGAUACUACGCCUGAGUUCAUCAUUGACCACAUGGACGCAAACAAAGCAGGGCGCUAUCAGUGCCAAUAUAGGAUAGGGCUCUCCAGGUUCCGGUACAGUGACACCCUGGAGCUGGUGGUGACAGGCUUGUAUGGCAAACCUUCCCUCUCUGCGGAUCGGGGUCCGGUGUUGAUGCCGGGAGAGAAUAUUUCCGUCACGUGCAGCUCAGCACACAUCCCAUUUGAUAGAUUUUCACUGGCCAAGGAGGGAGAACUUUCUCUGCCACAGCACCAAAGUGGGGAACACCCGGCCAACUUCUCUCUGGGUCCUGUGGACCUCAAUGUCUCAGGGAGCUACAGGUGCUAUGGCUGGUACAACGGGAGCCCCUACCUGUGGUCCUUCCCCAGUAAUGCCCUGGAGCUUGUGGUCACAGACUCCAUAAACCGAGAUUACACGAUGCAGAACUUGAUCCGCAUGGCCGUGGCAGGACUGGUCCUGGUGGCUCUCUUGGCCACAGUGGUUGAAAAUUGGCACAGCCAUAAGGCGCUGAACAAGGAAGCCUCGGCAGACAUGGCUGAACCGAGCUGGAGCCACCAGAUGUGUCAGCCAGGAUGGACCUUUGCACAAACACCAAGUGUCUGCAAGUAAACAUCUGGAAGUGAAAGUAGAGACAAGGCAGGACUGUGGAGUCCGACAAAGCUACUUGAAGGACACAAGAGAGAAAAGCGCACUAACAAGCUUAAAUCCAUUUCCUUUCUUUAUUUUUUUUUUUUUUUUGAGACAGAGUCUCGCUCUCUCACCCAGGCUGGAGUGCAGUGGCGCGAUCUCAGCUCACUGCAACCUCCGCCUCCCGGGUUCAAGUGAUUCUCGUGCCACAGCCUCCCAAGUAGCUGGAACUGCAGUCACACACCAACGCACCCAGCUAAUUUUUGUAUUUU